GGCUCCCUCUAUAAUCUGUAUGUAAUCAAUCUGUGGGAUAUUGUUGUCAGUAUUCAGACUGCAAUCAGUCCGAGAGAGAUUACAUGGAGGCUUCUUUACGUCAGCGUUGUGCAGACUCAAGUCGUAUAGCUCUGAGGGUUUAAUGCGACAAAGUCGUCCCAGUGUGUGUGUGUGUGUGUGUGUGUGUGUAACCAGUGGUUUGCCAUCUGUUGACAUGUGACGUGUUCAGGGUUAACUUUGCUGUAAGUUGUCAUCAGUGUUGGGAGUUUGUGUUCAUGCACUGAUGAGAAAAGAGCUAAAUGUACAUGUAUUUAGUUGUGGUACAGAAACCCUGGAGGCCGGGUCCUUUGUUUAAAUCUCUUCUAUACAUAUAAUAUCUGUAAUAUGAUGUUUAUGUCAGACAGUCAACUAUUCUUCUGUGUAUGUAUAGAAAAACAGGUUUUGAUUUUGUCCUAUAAUAAUCUGACCUGAUGUGAUGACGGUGACACAGUUGCCCCUUGUCAGUGUCUUGUGCUACACGUUGUCAGAAUUUGCUCCCGAUAACUCAGGGGGAGGAGACUUACAGCUGUGCGGUUGCCUAGCAGCUCCUGCCUCACUCCAUGUGUCUGUUUACAUGGUUACGUCUGAAACCUGAUGACUUCACUAACUUCAAACUCUGGCAGCAGUGUGGAUUUAUCAGGUGCAAGAGAAGCAAAACUUGAGCAGUAACCAACAACCUGGACGGCCUCGGCGAUGAGUUCCACUGUGGUGUACAGCAGAGAGAUGCAGCAGAACCUUCAGUACAACAGUUACAUCAGGACCACCGUCGGGGUGGAGCCUCGCAGGAACUCCGUCCCCCCAACACAGACUCUCACUUCCAAGCAUCUGCUGGCCUACCUGCCCAGACCUCAGCCGGGGUCAGCACCGUCCACCACAUACGUCAGCAAGGGUGCUCUUAAAUCCACCGUCAGUUCCAUGAUGAUCACAAAGAGGCCGUCUCUCAUCCACAGCCACUUGAACUCUGCUAACUGCUCAUCACUGCCACCGUUCCAGGAGGCUUCUUCCUCCAAAACCCAGAGUCCCUGCAGUCCAACCUCUCAGGCUCUCACUUUCCUCCAGAUAGAGCUACCUCAGCAGCAAACAACCCAAGCAGUUCCUUGUAGAUCAGCAGACGAGACACUGGUGCCUGAGCGUUCACACCGCAGCAGACACCUGAAGCGGUUUAGCUCCAGAUGGCACUCGAGAGGCUCCACGUCCAGCAGCAGCAUUCCAGUUUCUGUACCCGAGAAACAGAAUGGGGCAAAGAGUCACAAGAAGCGAUGUAAGCUGUUCGGUGAUGAGCAGUCGUCACAUGUCACUGUCUGCCAUCAGCGUCAGCGUUAUGUCACCAAGGAUGGAAAGUGCAGGGUCAAUCUGGGGCCUAUUACAGACAAGAGUCGCUUCCUCUCAGAUAUUUUCACCACAUUAGUGGACCUCAAAUAUCGCUGGUUCCUUCUUGUUUUCACCAUGGGCUACAUUCUCACAUGGGUGACCUUUGGUGUGAUCUAUUUUUUCGGUGCCUGGUUGCGUGAUGACAUUGCACAUGUUAAUGACCCUCUGUGGCUGGCGUGCUUUGUGAAUGUGGACAGUUUUCUGUCAGCACUGCUGCUGUCAUUAGAGAGCCAGAGGACCAUUGGGUACGGCUCCAGGAUGGUGACCGCUAACUGCUAUGAAGGUACAGUGCUCCUGAUGGUCCAGUCCAUCCUGGGCUCCAUCAUCGAUGCUCUGAUGGUGGGCUGCAUGUUUGUUAAGAUCUCCCGACCACAGCAGAGAGCUCAGACGCUGAUCUUCAGUAAGCACUGUGUCAUAUGCGUGCGCGAUGAGAAACUGUGCAUGCUCUUUCGCAUCGGGGAUCUCCGAGAGAGCCACAUGGUGGACGCCAAGAUCCGGGCCAAGCUGAUCAAGUCUAGGCAGACCAAGGAGGGCGAGUUCAUCCCGUUGGAGCAGUCAGAGAUCAAUCUGGGCUACGACACAGGGGGAGACAGGCUUCUCCUGGUGGAACCUCAGACCAUUACCCAUGUCAUUAAUGAAAACAGCCCCUUCUGGGAAGUUGGAGCUGAGCGUCUGAAGAGAGAAACCUUUGAGAUCAUUGUCAUUCUGGAGGGCAUCGUGGAAGCAUCAGGUAUGACUUGCCAGGCGAGGACUUCCUACACAGAGGACGAGGUUCUGUGGGGCCACCGCUUUGAAUCAUGCAUUUCCCUGGAGAAAGGGGCAUUUCGUGUAGACUACAGUGCGUUUGACAAAACCUUUGAGAUACUAAUGCCACUACUCAGUGCUGAAGACAGGAGCUUAAUAAAGGAACAGGAUGCUUUGUUUUGUGGCUAAACUAAUUGUUUUUUUCUCUCUGUAUGUUACUAGAGUCUGUCUUGAGUGAGUUAAAGUGACUGUAUAACGUUUAUAUUUUAUCAAUAUUAUUCCCAGUGUAGCUAUAACACUCCUUUUCAAUGAAAAUAAACAAUCCCACUUGUCUGUGGUAUUGUGUGGGCACAUGGAAAUGCAAAAUAAAGUGGUUUGUUUCGACAAACACUGAUUAAUGUUUUUUAAGGUUUUCUGACAUUUUAUGGAACAAACAAUUACACGAUUGAUCGAGAAAAUAAUCGACAGAUAAAUCGUUAGUUGCAGGACUUGAAUUUGUAAUUUUACUUUUACUUAAGUAUGUUUUAUUUGGAAGAUGUACUUUACUACUUUUUAAAAUCACAUCUGCUACUGAAAAAAUUAAAAUAAAUAAAUCAUGCACUGGGAAGUUUACACAGGUGAGAAAGU